AUGUGGCGCGCAUGUCGAGCUGUAGCAUUCCACCAGCUGAGAUGCAAGAUUGCUCGAACGCCUGUUGCCAGCGUGCCACAGCACCUGGGCAGCGUCAACUGGUACUUUACGAGUAUCGCCGGCGUCGAUCGUGACUUACUGCUUACUUGUUCGGCCCGCGACGUGUGCGAGAAAUUAGGCAAAUCGAGGACUGGAAGCGUAGCGAAAGCACUUGAGUUAAAGCUGGCCGACGCCAUUGCUCGCGAGGAUGUGACGAGUGAAGAGAUUAUCGAUCUGUUCACUGCAGCUCAGAAGACACGUGCGGUAUCCGUCAUGCUGAACGCUUUCAACUUUCUCGAGACCAAGUUUCCGUCACACAUCAACUUUGCCGUAUAUGGUGAAGUGUUCCGCAUUAUCGCCCGCAAGAAUAACCCCAAGCGCCUCAUCGAGAUUUAUGAGACAUCCAAGCCGCAUUUCAAGGCGGUGCCUGAAAUGAUCUACCGCUUUGGUAUUGUAGGGUAUUUGCAGAACAACGACAUGGAGUCAGCCCUUAAGAUUUGGCAAGAAAUGGCAGAUGCUGGCCAUGAGACGACGAACGAAAUCACGUCACGACUCAUGAUGGCGUAUGCACGCCAUGGUGACGUAGAGAAGGUGCAAGAGCUCUAUGAGUCUGUGGACCCCCCAGAUCGGCUAUUGGCACGAAUCGUGUAUUGA